GAGGCUGCAGCCAGCCGCUCCAAGGAGGCCCGGCCCCGGCGCCAACGGGACCAGCCCGUGGGACAGCGGCCACUGCUGGCGGGGGAGGGAGGGAGGCCGAACCAGGGCGACGGGGAGAAACCCGCCGGGGACCCCUCGAGGAAGGGACCUUGUCCAGGGUGGGGGCUCCAGUUCCUCCGACCGCCCAUGCGCUGGGAGGGAGGCCGGCCCCGGGGACUCUGUGUGCCCCGCCUCGUCCCCCACUGUGGCCGCGCCAGCUCCAGCCCGGGCCAGCCGUCCGCGGAUCCCCGUCCUGAGUCUCCUCAGGCUCUCGCCUCCCGCACCCCCAUGGAUGCCCACCGCCCGCACCCACGCCCGAGCUGCCCCGAGCCGCCCCGAGCCUGAAGGGAGCCGGGCGUGGGGACACGCCGUUCCUCCGGGUUCCGAACGGGGUGGGGGUGAGCUCCGGCUCCUCACUCGGCCUUGCACCUACUGGGCCCGACCGCUCACACCCCGUUCCCGCCCCUGCGCGAGGCCGCAGAAAGAGCCUGGCCAGGGCCUCUCUCUACUCCAUUUUGCCAGUUGUCUGAGAAGCCAAAAAAAGUUUCUAGAACUGCCAGCCCUUAAAAAAAAUGAAAAGGAAGAGAAGAAAUGGGAGCAGGCAGCCCUCGUCAGCAGACUGGGAGCCGCGUGGGCCCGGAGCUAUUUGCAUUCCGGUCUGCGGGGGCUCGGGGAUGCUGGUGACAGGCCUGGUUCCUGGUGGCUCGCCCCCACCUGUGGGCGUCGGGAAGGAUCCCUUCCAUCUCUCAGCGGCAGAGGAGGCCCUGGCAUCGUCCUGGCUGCAGCCGGGCAAUCCCAAGGAGUCCUGGUCACCGUCACCCCGCCGGGAGGGGCCACAAGGACCUGGGCCUCUGCCACCAAGCUUUGUCCCCUCUUGCUGUAGGGAGCCAGUGAUUCUCCUCCGACCUGAUGAUUGCUUGGUUUUUUUAAAGGGAGAUUUGAGGGGUGAGAAGUGCGUUUCUGUGUGGUACUCCGGGCUAGUGUGCUGUGGGUCAUUGAAGGUGUGGCCUGCGUGGGUGCAGUGACGUUGGAUUGUCAGGUGGCAGUAGGGGAGCCCUACUAUGUCAGUGCUAAUGAAAGAUGUUGGUUUGUUUCUGAAAUAAAGCUAAACAAGCCUGCACAUGCAGAGGCUUGGACCCUGGUAGAAA